AGAGAGAAACGGAGGAUUCGGUCGUAGGGUUAGGGUUUGAAGAAGUUAACCAAUUAACUCACAAAUUUAUCUUCUUUUCUCCUUGAUUUCCUAUCUUCAUCUUCUUCGUCUGUGUUUUCAUCUUCGUCCAGAGAAACCCAGUUGCAACAAUCGACUCCUUCGGAUAGCUAUGUUGCUCCCUCUCUCCUUUGCAACUCUUGUUUGUCCAAUUCAUUAUGGGAACAUGCUUAAUUUGGCCAUGUUGGUUCGGCGCUUGCUCUCCAUUACAAAUUUCAGCUCCUAAUUUUAAUCUAAUUUCUCAAUUGAAGAACAAAUUGACAUUAGGAUUUGAAGCAGAGACAGUAUAUAACCCCAAUUUGCUAAUUGGGGCAAAUAAUACACAUAGCCGCUGUCCUUUAAGGAUAAUUCAUGCUGGCUCACCUUGUCAGUGAGCCACAUCGGUCGGUAAAGCAUUAAAUUAUUGCAACGUUGGAUUUUCCGGCAACCCAAAUCGGCGAUGACACUAAUGUGAUCCUUUUUUUUCGAUCGUGGCACUGAAGUGACUGACAUGUGUUUCUUCGAGAGAAUGAUCCGAAUCUUGUGCUUGGAGAAAAAAAAGAAGGCUGCGUAUCAAAUUUAUGAUCUUUUAUUUUCAAGCCUUGAGGAACCGAUGUUUCAGGAUUCUUUGUUCACGAAAAAGAUCGUGAAAGUCCCUAUCUCGUCUGUAAGAUUGGGCGUAAUCCAUAUGAAAUUUGUCAAACAAACAAUUAACUGCCCAUAAAUAUGUGCGUUUGAUUUGGUUGCCAUGGCCUAACAGUUACUUGGCUUCAAUAACCUCCCCGACGUCUCUCUUUCCCUGUCAAAUUUCACUGAAGAGUUUAUUUGCUUCCAGAAGCGCAAAGAACGAGAAGAUUCAAGAACGUUUCAACAGAUCCUGCAAUUGUUCUUGAGGAGGCAAAUACUGGAAUUUGUGGGCUCUGGGGAUUUAUGAGGCCUUAUUCAGGUGCUUUCCUAGUGGUUGGCAGAUUUAUGUUUCCAGCAGUCCAACCUUCUUCAGGCUCUUUGAUCAGCAAGAUCAGUAAGAUGAUCAAGUAUCAAUUUUAUCGUCGAUUUGGAUGAACAAUGGCUGCCAAAGAAAGUUCCAUACUUCCUGAGGGCUUGUGCGAUGAUGACGGGCACCCGAAGAGGACAGGGACCAUAAGUAGCUGCAUCGCUCAUAUCCUCACUGCCGUCAUCGGAUCAGGAGUGCUGUCCUUAGCGUGGAGUAUCGCGCAACUGGGAUGGAUAGCAGGGCCAGUUUAUUUGCUUUGUUUAGCGGCUGUCACCUAUGUUUCCACUUCCCUGCUGUCCGACUGUUACAGGUCCCUGGACCCCGUUACCGGCACACGCAAUUACUCUUACGGGGAUGCUGUUAGAGUUAAUCUAGGUACAACACAGAUGUGGUUUUGUGGUUUCCUUCAGUAUCUGAGCAUGUACGGCACGGGUAUAGCUUAUGUGAUAACUACAGCUACCAGUCUGAGGUCGAUUCAUAAGUCAGCAUGUCAUCACAAAGAUGAGCAAGAGGGAUCGUGCGAGUACGGACAGGAGGUUUAUAUGCUGAUAUUUGGAGUUACUCAAAUCAUGAUGUCGCAGAUACGUGACUUUCAUAGCAUAGUCUGGCUCUCGGUUCUUGCUGCGAUGAUGUCCUUCUGCUACUCUUUCAUAGGAUUUGGGCUAGGCGUCGCGAAAGUAGUAGAAAAUGGGAAAAUCCUAGGAAGCACCGGCGGAGUCCCAGCUGCCGAUCCUGCCAAGAAGACGUGGCUUGCGUUUCAAGCAAUGGGCGACAUUGCUUUCGCAUACCCGUACUCGCUUGUUCUUCUGGAGAUACAGGACACUCUGAAGUCUCCCCCAGCAGAGAACAAGACGAUGAAGAAGGCCUCGGUGAUAGCGAUUGUAAUCACCACCUUCUUCUACCUAUGCUGCGGUUGUUUCGGAUACGCGGCCUUUGGCGACGUCACGCCGGGCAGUCUCUUGACGGGUUUCGAGUCGUUCCACCCGCAUGCCCUCAUCAAUUUCGCCAACGCUUGCGUUAUCCUCCACCUCUUGGGAGGCUACCAGCUAUACAGCCAGCCAGUCUUUGCGACGUUGGAGAAAUGGUUCAGGAACAGGUUCCUGGCCAGUGACUUUGUGAACAGGUUUUACAGAAUAGAGAUCCCGUUGUUGCCGGCUUUUCAGUUGAAUCUCUUCAGGCUGUGCUUCCGUUCGGCGUACGUGAUAUCGACGGUCGGGAUCGCCCUCGUCUUCCCUUACUUCAACUCGGUCCUGGGAGUGCUGGGGGCGUUGAACUUCUGGCCCCUGGCAAUAUACUUUCCGGUGGAAAUGUACUUCCAGCAGAAGAACAUCGGGCCUUGGACACGGAAAUGGAUCGUCCUCAGGAUAUUCAGCUCCAUCUGUUUUCUGGUGACAGUCGUGGGAUUAAUCGGGUCUGUUGAAAAUCUAGUUAGCGCAAAGUUAGGGCAUAAGUAGAUAUGAUGUUACCUCCGUCCCGUGAAGAACUACAUUUUUGCUCAUCUUCUAUUGGUUGUUGGUGGAUUCAUUUUGACGAACGUUCAUUCACCUUUUCUGCCGGUUCGCAAGAUAGUUUCGAGUU